AUGUCCGCCACUUCGUUUCUGGAUAGUCCGCUACUCAAAGUUAGUCGGCCAGUUGCCGCAUGCUCAAGAUGUCGAACAGCAAAGAUCAAAUGUGAUGGCAAGCUACCUGCUUGCUCGGCUUGUGAAAGAGUAGGGAAAGCAAACACCUGCUCUGGGGCCAGUGAUGAAUUUGCCAAGGGCAAGGAAAGAAGCUAUGUUGCUUCUUUGGAAGGUUACUGCGAAAGACUCGAGAAAAAGAUCGCUAGUCUCCAUCGCCAUCAACAAACUUUAUCUGUAGAUGGGGCAGGGGUUGCCCAUGAGAGUUCCAUCACAUCAGUGUCAGCAACAGACCAGGAGCACCACAAGGAGGUGUCUGAUAUUGACGACCUGGUUGGAGACUUUGGCUUCCUGUCUGUCAAUGCCACCUCGCGAGACUUUCAUGGAAUUACUUCUAGCACUUCGUUUGCCAACCUAUUACUGUCUGUUUCCGUUGUUGAGACACUGCCACCAUUGCCUACACGCCCGUUACCUCCGCGUCAUGAAGCAACACCGAUUCUGCAGUACUACUUUGACAACAUCUUCACUCAAAUGCCCUUUUUCGUUGAGACAAGCUUCUGGACGUCGGUAGAUGCUGUCUACCAAUCUGGGGGGCGUUUCGCGAAACCCUUUGACCACUGGAUACUGCGCAUGGUGUUAGCUACUGCCUAUGCUUCACUCUCUCGCCAAAGCGGGGACAGUAACCAUCAACGGGCAUUGUCCCUAUUAUCCGGGGCAAUGCAAUAUUCCGAAGAUGUCCUCCACCCUGGGUCUAUCCCUGGUAUUCAAGCGAUCCUGCUGCUAGCUCAGUAUUCUCUGGUUGAUCCAAUGCGCUUCCGCACUUGGUACUUGAUUGGAAUGGCCGUCAGAGUCAUGAUGGAUUUGGGCUUACACCAGGAGCCCCCUUCAGAAGUCCUGACAAGCACCGAUCGACAGGACAUUCGUCGAAAGGUUUUCCAUUGCAUAUACUCCCUGGAUAGAGGUGUUAGCACUGCAUUAGGGCGAACCUUUUCCUUUUCCGACGCCUCCGUUAAUGUCGCUAUACCCACUCUUUCUUCGUCAGGCUCCUCCUUGAAAGAACACAAUCACGUUUUCUUCCGCAGCCCAGGGCCUGCUCUACAUUUGGUCAGAAUCCGCCAAAUUCUUUCGGGGGCGUACCGAGAAAUGUAUUUUGACGGACGCGAGCCAUCUACGCAACCUGUGACAGAGACCUGGGUCCUGUGUUCGAAAGCCCAGGAGUGGUUUGAUAACGCCCCCAAGGAUGUCCCACACUAUUUUCCAACCCUAUAUAGACUGGAGCUUUUGUACACGACUAUCAUUCUGCUUUCCCCAUCCCAUAGAUACCCUACAAUAUGCGACUUUAACAAGGCUCUUCUGUUCAAUCGCUGCAUGGAUUACAUAGGCCAGCUCCAUCAGACCCUGGAAAACACCAAUCUUUUACCCUUCAUGACGUUCCUUGAUAUACAACGGGCGUAUCAGGUUGGCCAAUGCUUUAUUGAGAUUUUGACCCAAGACUAUGACAUUGUAUUGGGCCCUUCAACGCCUGCACCGCCCCCCAUGCCUUAUGGCGCUCCAGACCCGCCCUUCCUUGGCGAUGAUGAUCGGAUCAAUUGCCAUGCACGCGUGAUUCGAUGCAUAACUUGCAUUCAAGAUCUCCUCCAAUACUGCGCGCGAAGGUGGGAACUGCGCGGUCUUUUGGAGCAGUUUGAGCAAACUUCAACGUCUAUCCGGAAGCGGUUGAUGCAGACAUCGAUGGUGUACCUUCCUGGGCCUGGUGCCUAUUUGACUGGGCCACCACCUACUACUGUACUACCGACCACAGGGAGUGGAUACCCUGGGUUUGAGCCUGGGAACUAUGGAGCUUAA